CGCAAACACGUAGAAAAAAUUUGUACUUUGGUACAUCGCAGCAACCACAACAACAGCAACAACAACAACACUUUUCAUUACCCAUGGUCUUGCAAGAAAUCAGAAAGACUACCUUAUGGAUGGGUGAUCUCGAGCCAUGGAUGGAUGAACAGUACAUUCGUCAACUCUGGUUCAACCUCAACGAAACGGUCAUGGUCAAAGUCAUUCGAGAUAAAGUGACCUCUGCCAGUGCUGGUUAUGCCUUUGUUGAUUUCGGUUCGACGGCCAGCGCAGCUGCUGCGCUCAAUGCUUUCAAUGGUGCCGUCAUUCCAAACACUCACAAGACGUUUAAGCUCAAUUGGGCGUCAGGUGGUGGCCUGAUCGACCGACGAGAGGAUCGACAGCCCGAGUACUCAAUCUUUGCCGGCGACCUCAGUCCCGAUUGCACCGAACCGACAUUGUUGUCGGCCUUUGCAAGCCGCUACCGUUCAUGCAAAUCGGCAAAGAUCAUGACAGAUCCUCGCACAGGCUUGUCCCGUGGCUACGGCUUUGUACGCUUUUCCGACCCACUUGAGCAGCAGCGUGCUCUCAUUGAAAUGCAGGGCAUGCUCAUCUGCAACCGUCCUGUGCGAGUUUCAAUGGCAACGCCCAAACAUCAUCAACAACAACAACAAGCAACAACAGGAGCAGCGACGGGGUCAACGCUGUCAUCGUCAUCGUCAUUAGUGCAGCAGCAACAGCAGCAACAGCAGCAACAGCAGCAACACCAAUCCAGCUCGCCCACGUCGCUGUCGCCACAAUCCAAGUCGCCGAUCAUGCAGGCAAACGAUCCCAACAACACGACCGUGUUUGUAGGUGGACUGUCCGCACCGAUUAGAGAAGACGAACUGCGCCAGUACUUUAGUCCGUUUGGCGAAAUUGUGUACACCAAAAUCCCGCCCGGUAAAGGCUGCGGAUUUGUGCAGUUCGUUUCGAGAUUGUCUGCCGAAACCGCGAUCCAGCAGAUGAACGGUUACCAGAUUGGAAACUCCCGCAUUCGUUUGUCUUGGGGUCGUUCGCAGAAUGACAAAUCCGCAGCUGCGGCGGCUGCGGCGGCUGCUGCUGCUACUGCCGCUGCUGCUGCUGCUGCCGCCCAAGCUCAAAAACAACAACAGCAACAACAGGAACAAUUGCAACGGUAAGCUGAUCUUUUUAUUUUUAGCACUGACUUUGCAGGAAUAUAUCCAUGGGCCCCCUUUUACUCACGUUUCUCUCAAACCUAAUCUCGUCGACUCCCUGCUUCUUCCCCGUGUGCGUCGCAGUAGGGCAUCGCUUGUUUCCAAUUACAGCCCGUUUUCGUCAGUGCGCCAGCAGCAGCCCUCAGCGUAUGAAUCAUAUGA